GAUAAACUUCAGCGCGAGUCUGAGCCGAGUCUGUCCACGACACGACACAUAACGCAUCUGAUCGCCCUGCUCCCCGUCCCCGUCCCAAAUCAACAAGUUUUCGGCAUCCCGUUGUGCUUCCCGUCCGUGCCAGCUUUGACUUCGACCUACCUAAUCCAACUUCUUCGAACCGUCGAGUAUUGUUUCCCCCCUCCCAUUACAGCGCCCGCCAAUUCCUCAUAUAACCGCACCCACUAUCCGCCCGCAUUUCCUCUCCCCACACAAGGGAAAGUGACAUCGGACUACAGCAUCUACCGGCCCAGACUUUUGCCGCGAUCGCAUGCUCGAACAGUAAGGGGCAGCGCGCCUCUAUGCACCCCUUUUCUGUUCUUACACUCGGCAUCUUCGUAGCUGGGUAUAUCACCGCCCGAUGGGACCUCGUCACUCGCCUAUAUGAGCUUGCCAUAUUUGCUUGGAACUACGGAGUGGUGACUCGGGCCGCCAAGGGCUUCGGCGUGUUAAGCCUUGUGUUUCUCAUCGUCUUUAUUCCUGUGCAACGUCUUGCUACUUUGGAGUCGAACCUGCAUCCGCGAUCGCCAGGAUCAGAGGAUGAUGGCUUGAUGCGCGUGUUCUGGCCCACAGACCUUCCGCGAUCCGACUGUAACGGCGUCGUGGUCGGCUGGAGGAACUCGGCCUUGGAUGUUCUCGUGGUGGCAGUACUGGAGGAGGUUGAGCCUCGACGUGUUGAAAGCGCGUUAAAGCUCGGUAACCUUCUCCGUAACGCCCCUCACCCAGUCAGCCGCAUCUACGAACAAUGCGGCAAAUCGUCCAUAAGCGUCUUGGGCGUCUCAAACACUCCAGACACCGUCGAGGUCGACUCAUCAUGGAUCCGGGUUACGAUAGCGCCUAAACAGCGUGUGCCUUCUGUCACCUGUGCUCGAGCGUCUAGCAUCCAGAUUAUCCUUUUCGAGCGGCCUCUGCCAGGACGAAUGCAGUACAUGUCACUUAAUCCGAUUGCCUUGGCACUGGGAGACAAACACGAUGGAUUUAAGCAAGAUUUCGCCGACAGUGGGGAGGAGGACGACGAGAAGCGGGAGCGUUUGAGCAAGGAAACGAAGCGAAAACUGGUCGAGAAGCUCAAACAACAUUCGGUGAUAAAGCGAAUUCCGUCGCCCAAAGAACGAGCGCUUGCGACAAUAGUCAACCAAAUCAAUUGGGCAUGGGAGCUCGAAAAGCUACUACAGCAGAAUGUCUCACGCAUCGGGACUCGUCCUAAGAGGGCUUUGAGCGUGUCAGAACGGGUGGUCGAGUCGGCAACCACAGCUCGCGACAUGGUCUUGGUAUGGCUUUGGGAGUUGAUCACCAUUUACGUGCUGCCCGUCAUCAAGAAGGUAUUUGUGCUAGGCUUGAUGGCUCACAGGGUGGUCGCCGAGAUGUUAUUGCGCAUACUGGAGUGGCGGCUUCGGCCCAGAUAUGCAGCUUUGAAAGACAUAUCUGCGACGGCUCAGCAAGUUGAGAUUCGUCUCCAACAGUUUUGCUACUGGCCAAUGCAGUAUGUCACGCUUCGGAUGAGGAAGAACGACUGGGCGAGUGUAACAACGAGUCAUCCAGACUACAUUCGGUUUUACAACAGUCUUUGGCUUGUUGCCAAUGAUGUUAUCAUCGGUAUGGCGUUUGGUUCAUACAUCAUUGAAAAUGCUGGCUGGGUGGCCGACGAGAUCAGCCGCCUGCUCACCACUUAUACCGUCGAAGCAUUGCAGAGCAGCAUUUCCUGGCUCAUGGGCUGGCCGGCAGGCUUGAAGCUAAACACCGAACUAGCGGCGUUCCUUGGUGAUCUGUUCUUGUGGGUUAUUGAAUACUGGGCGAGCUGUAUCGAGACAAUUCGGCCCAUGCUGCCACGUAUUGUGUUGAUUAUCGGCUUCUCCAGUUUUGCGGGGGCAAGCAUGCCUCUUGCCCUAUUCUCGGAUCUCCUUUCCAUACUCACGAUUCACAUAUACUCCUUCUACCUCGCCUCGGCCAGGAUAUUUCACUGGCAGUUGAAUAUCCUCCAGUCGCUUUUUCACCUCUUUCGUGGCAAGAAGCACAACGUCCUUCGAAACCGCAUCGACUCGUGCGACUAUGGCCUCGAUCAGCUCCUUGUUGGGACUAUUCUCUUCACGGUCCUGUUUUUCCUUUUGCCCACCGUGGUGGUAUUUUACUUGAACUUUGCGAUUGCACGCAUGGCCAUCAUCCUGUUCAAGGCUUGCUUCGAUACCGCACUCUCUUGUCUAAACCACUUUCCACUUUUUGCAUUGAUGUUACGGGUCAAAGACCCCAAAAGACUUCCAGGCGGCAUUCGAUUCGAGCUUCGCGACACCCAGGAUUUUGGAGCCACCUCUAAUGAUAAUAUUCCCCUGCGUCAACACCCCUCGACCUCUGUCAUAUCUCUUCAGUCUAUCCCUCUGGAUUUCAAGUCCAUGUUCUACCAAUACUUCCAGAUGGGCAACCGGAUCCGGAAGCACUACCUUUCGCCCCGCGUGGCCCUCUGUUUGCUGACGGGCAAGUUCGUCCCGCCGCUCAACAGGAGGAACCUGUACAGUCUUCAGUACAGCAUGUUGCCCGCCAAGAGAGCUGGGGUGAUGGAGAUGUGGGAUGCCGUGAACUCGUUGCCGGCGUCCAAGAGGAAGUCGAUGCCUAUACAGGUGCCUAUCUUGGCGAGCGGGAGGAGGUUUCCGAGCAAUUAUGGCGGAGGGAGGUCACGCAGUUAUGGAUAGCGAUUCGAUAGAAGGCGUGUGUACUUUGUAAUUUUGACUUGUAAAUAUUGGUCCUUAUUGGAUGCGUAAUGUCAUUUUCAAUUGCUAGCGA